AAACGAAAAAUCCAUUACAUUGAGACGAAAUAAGCGUCAAGCUCAAAUAGUCGGUUGGAUUUCGCUAGCGCUCGAAUUGUUCGGUUGGUUAUUUCAGAACGUGUUAAAUCGUGUUUUUUCCGUGCACCAGCGCCGUAUAGUUCACCGGAAACGUUAACGAUCAUCGCUACAAAAUGGCUCUCAACUGUGGUCAUUCGACGAUAAAGUAUCUGCUCUUCAUCUUCAAUCUCCUGUGCUCGCUCUGCGGUAUUGCACUGAUCGUGAUUGGUGCCAUUUCGUUGGUGAAAUUGGACGACAUCCGCGACAUCAGCGAUGAGUACAACAUUAUUGCCCCCUCCGUUCUGCUGAUCGUGUUCGGUUCGGUCGUGUUCUUCAUCGCGUUCUUCGGCUGCUGCGGUGCCAUCCGCGAGUCGUACUGUAUGACAUCGACCUACAGCUUCUGCUUGAUUCUGCUCGUGAUUGCCCAAAUCGUGAUUGCCGUGCUGGUGUUUGUCUUCAUCGGUGACGUAACCGAAGCCAUCCAGAAGGGCUUCGAGCGUGUCUUUAACGCCCGCGAUCAGAACGCCAUCAACGCCGAUCUGGUCAAUACGAUCCAAGCCAAUCUGGAAUGCUGCGGCAAGACUAGCUUCUUGGACUGGGGCGUCAGCAUCCCGCAGUCGUGCUGCAGCAGCAGCGGUACCGCUCCGCUGUGCGUUCCAUUCGUGACCGGUUGUGUUAACCGUUUGGCCGACUUCCUCGACAGUGCCGGAAACGUGGUGGCCUGGGUUUCGCUGGGAGUUGCAGGCGUCGAGCUGCUGGGACUCAUCUCGGCCUGCUGCCUGGCCAACGCCAUCCGCAACGGAGAGAGAAGAUACAGUUAAGCCUGUGGUGUGGAGCCACGAUCGCGCUUUUAUGUGCCGCUAGAGGUGUGGUGUGUGCCACGGUGUGUUUCGGAGCGUCUAUGCAACAUUAUAAUCGUGCUUUAUAAUCGUACAAGAUAUAUGUUAAGCGAGAGCCACUAGGGCACGGGGGGACACAUCGGGGCAAAAAGCGUACCACUUGUGCACAUUACUCUCAAAUCCAUCCAUCAAAUCCGGGACGCGCGACCCGCAGAUUCUUAAGAGCGGCACACAUUCAGCACAAUCAGAUACAGAGACAUGGUGAAGACGAAAAUUCACACACAAACACUCGAAAGGACCUGCCCAUCCACAACAGCAGUGGCGGUCCGCCAUCGGUGGGGGGGACUCCAAAACAACAGCGGAAGGCAGACAGAACGCGGUGUCGUUGGGUUUGUUGCAGGAAGCGGUAACUACAGAAAGUGCAUCUGUAGAGAGGACACACGGACAAAGGAAGUAGCAGUCCAGCCAGAACACCGCCUGCGUGACCCGAACGAAAGAAGACCAGAAGUUCCCGCUUGAUGAGCAGAAAAUGAUCACUGCUGUGUCGUAUUGUCGUUCCCCUGUUUGUAUCAGUUCAGUUCUAUUUCCAUUCGCAUCGGUGUAAGAAACUCAUCCCCCCGAGCCACGGUUUUAUCCGUCGGGGCCGCCACACCCGGUUCGAUUCGUUCCGAUCUUCGAAUAUUCCUGUGUGCCGAUAGGGACAAACACAAAACGACAGCAAAACUAGGAGCAUCGGCUAAAUUUAAUCAUUUUUUCACACUGUUCAAGUAGCACUUAAGAGCAGGAAGAAGUAAUAAGGGCGAUCGAUUUGCACUGUUGCACGAAGGUUUAGUAAGGAUUGUCUCGAUUCUCAAGCUUCUUUCGCGUACGGAGAUUUACUUUAAAUUGCGUGUUUGCUUUCUUCAGUAUGGUGUUGCAGUUGCGCACUAUCUAUCUAAACGUUUGAAUAUUUAUUGAUAAAGAAAAUGGAUUAAAGAAGUUGAAUUCAAGCUUUCAGUAGCAUAACCACACACUUCCCGCAACCGGAGAAGAAGAUCCUUAGCACUCGCUCGCACACACCUAGUGUGUCCAUGGGGUGCGUAACGGUGCGUAGAGUUGUUGAAUUUUUUCGAUGUUGACGAUUCGAAGCUACAAGUAUAGAAAUAUAUGUACCGGGCAACCACUUUUUGUCGCUAUA